CACAUUGACAUUGAAACAUUGCUGAUAUUGAAAUAUUGGAAAUGGCUUCAUCUCUUCAUUUUGCACAGGACAUCAUCCGAUGUUCCCUUUGUGUUAAUGAGGUCGAUUAUUACUGUAAAACAUGUAACGUUAAACUAUGCAGCGAAUGCACAUCUCAACAUUUAUUCGACAAAGGAAAAGUGCAUGAAGUUGUGGGGUUUAACGGCGAAAAGGAAUCUCUCAAAGGUCCUGAGUGCCCCUCUCACACGUCGAACAACUGUGAGAUAUUCUGCAGAAAUUGUGAAAUCCCAAUCUGCACGAAAUGCGUUGUUGGAAUUCACAAACAGCAUGAUUUUACAGACCUUGACGAUUUUCUUGAGGAAAAGAGGCAGAGUAUUCUCGAAGACAUAAAAGAAAUUGAAACUUUGCUUCUACCUAAAUUGCAAAAGCAUAAAGAUAUUAUCCACGAAGAAAGAAAUAAAAGUACGACUGAGGUCAUUUCUGCACAGGAAAAUGUCAUUUGUAAGGCUGUCAAAGAUUUUGGGAACACGCUAAAAGAAAAAGUAAAACAACACACCACAAAAAUUGAAGAAGAAGACAAUGAAAAUGUUUCAGCUGAGCAAAACAUCAUAAAAACCCUUCGAGAAACAAAGUCAUUACUUUCAAGCAAUGAUUCUAAAGCCAUUUUAGAGUACAGUGGGAUCAAACCAGAGUUGCGAAAGUUUCCCAAACCUUUAAAUAACUUCAUGCCGAUUCUUGAUGUCAAGAAAAUUCAAGAAGAGGAGAUAGCUUCAUUAUUUGGAACGUUAAUUGUUAAGGAUGUUACAAAAGAAAAGGAGAAAGAAAAUGUUGUCAAUGAAGUUAACUUUGAAAGAGAAUCCUGGUUUCAUGGAUAUAUUCCAAGAAAGGAAGCUGAACGACUUCUGAAGAAAGACGGUGAUUUCUUGGUUCGAGUAUUAGAUAGUACACCAGAAGAAGAGCGCUCUUUGAUUAUUUCUGCUUAUCGAGAAAAGCCGGUGCAUACCAAGAUUUUAUCAGCCGAUAUUUUAAAAAGCGUCGGACCAAGUGGCACCAUGGUAGACUGGAUAAACUACUUGAUGAAAACAGGGGAACAUUAUUCAACCGAUCGUGCUGUUUUGGUCAAUCCAAUACCUCGAGAAAAAAAUCACCUUGCCUACGACAAGAUCAAGCUUGGUUCAAAGAUUUUGAAGGAUUCGCCACCAUUCCCAUGUCUUUUUAUAGGAACAUAUGAUUCCAAAACCGUUUUUCUCCAAAAUUUUCAUGAUAAUGGAAGUGCAGUUUUUCAAAGUCUAAAGUUCUUACGGCAAUUCAACCAUCCAAAUAUCGUAAAUUUCAUUGGAUUUUCAGCAAUGCAAAAACCUUUUUUACUUGUGAUAGAAUACCUUUCUGGUGGUUCAUUGCUGCUUUAUCUUAGAGAGAAGGGGGAAUUCAUGACUGCAAGAAAAAGAACCGAAAUGUGCCUAGGAGUUGCAAAGGGAAUGGCAUACGUGCAUGGCAAUAAAUGUAUUCAUAGAGAUCUUGCCGCAAGAAAUUGUCUAGUUUCUGAAGACUCCACAGUUAAGAUCUAUAACUUUUGGAUGUCAAAAGAAGGAGAAGAGUUUCCAAGUGAUAUUGAAGUUGUUUAUGCGAAGAAAUGGACGUCCCCAGAAACCAUUCUUUCAGAAAAGUUCACAGCUUUUAAUGACGUUUGGAGCUUUGGAAUCUUAAUGUGGGAAAUUUUUUCAUCUGGAAAAAUACCUUACGGUGACAUGAAUAAAUAUGAAGCGAUAGGAAAAGUUGCUGAAGGAUACAGACUUUCUCCACCUGCUGGCACUCCGAAGGCCUGUUACGAUGUGAUGUUAAAAUGUUGGGAUAAGGAACCCACAAGUCGAUAUCACUUCGACACCCUGGUGGAAAAACUAAAUAAAAUAAUUAGAAAACUCAAAUGAGAAUU